AUGUCUUUUCGUCAUUUUGGAGAUGCAAGUGACGUUCUUAGAACCAAGAAAAUUGAAAGGUCAAAUAAACGAACAAAUCGUAGAGAAAUGUUUUUAUCACAAAAGAGAAUUCUUGAUGAAACUGAUGAUACAAUUCCUCAAACCACAACAAUUUCAUUAGAAACAUUAAAACAAUAUACUUCUCUUGCCGCAGAUUUUUAUGGAAGACUGAAACAAGCAUUUGAGUCUCAAAACGAAGAGUUAAUAAAUCAAGUUAUUUCGGAGAUUGCAAAAAUGACAAGUACCCAAUCAACAUGUAUUGACGUAUUUUCUGUUCAAGUAAUUCCGUUAUUAUUACAACAAACCCUUCAGUUUUUUUAUCCACCAUUUAUAGAUAAAAUCCACGAACAAGAUGAUAGAGUAUUUAUAAGAAUAGCAGAGAUACUUUCUGAUGCUAGUGGAAGAACCCCUGAUGUAAUACAAGAAAUGAUGAACAAUAAAUUAAUUGAAGUAAUAAAUAAAUUAUUAAAUGAACAAGAAGAAGUAGUAGGGACAUUAUUAUAUUGUGUUGGCAAUAUUUCAAUAUAUCCAAAUUGUGCAUCUGAAUUAAUUGAAUCAGGGAUAUUUGGUGUAAUUCAACACUUAUCUGAAUACCCUCCAACAAGUGAAUUAUUUAUUAAUGCUUCCUGGAUUUUUAGUGUUAUUUGUCGUUCACUUAAAGUUGAAUGUCCAUUAUUGAUUCCACAAUUUUCAUUGAUACCUAAAUUCCUUAAAUCUGGUAAUGAACAAGUUGUUCUUGAUAUUUUAAAUUGUUCAGCAUUCUUAGGAAAGAAUCAGUUUUACUAUGAUUAUUUAAGUUUAUUGUCAAUAGAAAGUUUUUGUCUAAUUAUUCUAAAACGUUCAAUUAUAGAACCAUUAAUUGCUAGUGCCUUGGCAUAUAUUUCUUGUUAUGUAUUUUAUUCUUCAGAUACAUCAAAACAUCUUGAAAUAUUAAAGGCUAUUCUUCCAUUAAGAAAUCAAAAAAGUCCAAAAGUUAAGAAGCUUGUUUAUUUAAUAAUGUCAAAUCUUAUUUAUUAUAAUGAACAAGAUGUGAAUAAACUUUUUAUUGAAAAUAAUAUCUUUGACAUAGUUUCAAGAAUCGUUGUUUCUACAGAAAAGCCACAAGUAAAACACGAAGCUGCAUGGGUUUUAUGUAAUGGAUUAUUAGUCUUUAAUAAUUAUCAAUACUUUGCUCAAGACUCUAUCUGUGUAGCUAUUCUUUCAAUACUUUCAUGGGAGUCUCCAAAGUUAGUAAAUUCUAUUCUUCGUGGAGUUCAAUAUUUAAUAAAAGAUGAUUUGUCUAGUACUAAACCUAUAAUUACAGAGUGUUUAAUUGAAAAUGGAAUAUUAGAUCUACUAAAUGUUCUUUUAAAUUCAGGAGAUACUAACCUCUCUCAUUCAGCAGAGGAUAUAAUUAAUUUACUUCAAAAUCAAGUAAUUGAAUAA